GAGUUGGGAGUUUCCAGCUUGCCGCGUAAAAAGAGUUCAUAGACCAAAAUCAGUUCAGUUUACUUUUGGCCGCUGUACCGGGUGCAUGCGCUAGUGUCUGGGUAGUAGCUUUCAGGCAGUUUUUCUUUUAGUUUUUGGUCGGAACCGUUUCCGUAUUCAGUCAGUUCAACCGAGUUGAGAGUUUUCCGUUAGGGAAAAAAAACAGCACGUGAGACCUGGUGUUUUGUGGCGCGAAUUUCUAUUACAGGAAGGAAAAUUGCCCAUAUUAAGUUUCAAUUUAUGUUCUGUUUAUCUACCAUUUUCUCGCGCUGUAUGGGUCUUCGGUUUCUGAGUGUUUUUUUUUCGGUGGCACUUGGGCACCUGGAGAUUUGCAAUUUUGCAGUGGAUUCUGAGGCGUUAAGGAGGAGAUAAGUGCAGUUAGCCCACAGGUGUAGCCGAGAAGUAGAACUAGAGCUCAUCCCGGGGGGUGCCGUUGGAUUAGCCACUUGUUCCACAGCCGUACCAAAUUGUGGAGUUUAUUUCCCCAAAAAAGUAUGAACGCGUAUCGGAUUUGAUUUGGCCGAAUUUUUUGAGCUUCUAUUGUUGGAUGCCUUCUUGAAAGUUAUACUUGAGAAGAAGUGAUAGCUGGUAGCAAAAAUCGAAAAAACACAGUGAAUCGUAAGAUCUGAAGAACGAACCCGCUGGGCGUGAUAUUUUUUUGCUGUUGAACCUAUCAUCGAUCAGAGCACGAUUAGCUUCGCCGAAAGCAUAAAGCUUUUCCACAGGUGUGAAUUGGAUAAUUGAUAGCUGGCUUCAAGGUUGCUGAAGAUCCCCCUUGUGUUACAAACUGCCCUAGAAAGUUUUCCAAUAAUAUAAACACACAAACCCGGAAAGCGCCGUUUCCCACACGCUCAAUUAAGGUUAUUCAGAUCUUCACCUUACCGGAACGCAAUCGAUAGGGCAAAGCAAUUCCUGCUCAGUCCAGUGAGUGUGUGCGCUAAUUAGAUCAUCCGGUCCCGGACCCUUUCGCUUUCCAUUGGCUUCAGGAAGAAAUUCCCGGGAGAAAGUGAAACUGCUGUGAGUUCUUCGGGGACAACUCCGGGUACAAUCUGACGAUUCCGCAAACCGUUAGCUUGCGAGUAGUUAGCUAGCUAGUUUGUAAUCGGUUGGUUUCAAGUCGUCAAUAUUGUAUAUUGAAAGGUAUUGAUAGGGUUCUCUGAUGUGUGGUAGCCUGCAGUGAGUGGUCAGUCAGCAAAUAAACGACGCGAUCGAGUGUGUCCUCAUUUUUACCGGUUUAAUAAAAAAAGAAAAAGAAGCAAAAAACCAACAAUAAUCUGGAAGUAAAGUGCUUUGGUUAGUUGUCGCCUGUAUGCUGCGAGGGAAAACUACUGGAAUCGACCGCAUCAACAUUUCCACCAUCGUCUUUGGAUUCCUGCACGGAAGCGGAAAAAUCGGAACUAUGAAGCUGCGCGUUGGAGUUUUUAUUUUGAUGGUAAUGAUAGCGGGUGGAUUGGGCCAACCCGGAUCCCAGCUGGCGCCAAAACAGCAACUUGGAGACCCUUGUCAACAUGAUAUGGACUGCACCGACAGCAUCCGCGGCAGCUACUGCACCCUGGAAGGAUUCUGCGACUGCUCCCCGUUCUACGUACGCCUGAACGAGACCCUCUGUUUGCCAUCUCAACUUCUGGAAAGUGAUUGCGUGCUUUCGGAGCAGUGUUCGAUGCGUGUCGCCAACAGUCGCUGCGUACAGAGCCGAUGCCAUUGCGACGAGGGAUUUCUGCAGUAUCGAAAGCACACCUGUCUGGCACCGGCCCAACCGGGCACGGUUUGCUACAGCCACGACCACUGCCGGAUGUGGGACCGGGAGAGCCACUGUGACUUCCUGAUUCCGAAUCUGUUCGGCCGUUGCCAAUGUUCCUCUCCAGCUCGGCAAGUUGGCCCCACCUGUGUGGUCGAAUCCACGGCAGCGCUGGAACAGGAACUGCCCGGCUUUGCCAAACCCCAACAACAGGCACCCGAAGGCACAACCCCGACGGAAGCUUCUGCACUCCCAACGACUACUCCUCCGGAGGAUGAUGCGGUUAUUGUGGAGAAUCCGGAAAUGAUGGAUGGUCAUGAUGAGGAAAUAAGCGAGGUUGUUGAAGAACAUCAGGAAACGGAAGUGCAGCAGUUACAGGAAGAACCAUUAAUUGCAACUACAACGAUUAGCUCGAAAUUGAAUGAUUCCGUUUCUAAUGAGGAAAACAUUUCAUUCGAAGACUCAUCGAUUUCGUCUUUCGUAAAUGAAUAUGAAAAUACAGAGGAAAAUUCAGUGGCUGAAAAUGAGAAUGCCUCCAAUUCACAAGGUGAAGAAAGCAAUGCAAUUGGGUUUACAUCGGUUCAACCACAGGUGGAGUCGGUUGAUUCGGAACGAGUUUCGACUGAAGUUUCCACAAGCGGGCCAAAUUUCGAUAGUUAUGAAUAUGGUAGCGCGAGUCAAGACACUGAAGAACUUAUCGUCCCCCACGUGGUAAAUCCUCUGCAUAAUGAGGUUGAGUUGCUCGAAAAGCACAACCGGAUAUCCGGUGAGGAUCAUUCGAAUCUGAUUGAAGGUGAGGACGAAUCAACAGCUAGACCAAGCCAAGAAUCGUACGAAUCGAACAACGAAAGUGCUGCCACAACUGAACGGCAACAGGGACGACACGAUAGCACAGUUCAAGAUGAGUCGACGGAAGCUAACGAUGCUCACGAGAUUACCGAAAAACCGGAGAAGGAGAACGAGAUUAACGAUGACACUCCCGUCCAUACGACACCGACAAUGGUUCGAUUGGCAAGCAGAACAACAGUCAUGGAACCGGAAGCACCCGUGUCCACAACCGUGGCUUCUCUGAUGACCGAAAGUUUCACGGAAGCAGCUGCAAUCAUAACGACUGAGCAACCGACAACGACCACCGCACAAGCUUUUACCUAUUCUAGUACCACAACGACGACAACGAAUACACCAACAACUUCAAGCACAGAUGGCAGCACCAAAAUAAAGCAUCAAGGCAUACGAACACGUGUUGAUUUGGGCGAUGGACCGAUUUCGUUGGGGUUGGCUUGCGUGAAUAAUCGCCAGUGUCAGCUGGCCGAUCCGUACACCUACUGCAACGAGCUGGGCCGGUGUGAUUGUGUCAAUUCUCAGCAGCAGCAACUGGCCACCGGCGAUGAAGGAGUUUGCAGUGCGGCCAACACCGGUUGCUCGCCGGGAACGUUUCAGGUUUGAUUUUUUGGGGAUCUGCGAGCUCGG